UUUCUUGGCUAAAGAUUUUUUGGUCCCACGAACGUAAACCACUUGCCUAUCUUUUUCAAUGGAUCUUAUAGAGGGGGAUGGAGACGCCCCUUAGAAACCUUUAUCAGUUGUCUAGUCAUAGCUAGUGCAGAAUCCCGCAAUCGGUUAGUACACCUCACAUGGGCUUUCCAAUUUCCCAAGAUACAUGUUUUUCAGGAGCCAAUCAUUUUCUACUUCCACCUUUAAAGUUUGAAGCUCGCCACCCCUUUUGCCUAUAAAUGGCUAAGGCAAACCUCAUUUCCAACCCCUGAAUCAACCAACAGCAUCCGAAGUCAUCAGAGAUACCAACUUUUCUAAUUUUCUCUCAUCCCUUUUCAAAGAAAACGAUUAUGGAGUACUCAACAUUUGAUCCUUCAACCUGGAAUUCUAACUUAACAGAGUCUCUUCUCUAUCCCUAUCACUUUAUCCCUGAAAAUUAUGUCCACUGGACUGAAACUCCAGAGUCUCACAUUUACUCAGCUGAUCUUCCAGGGGUUAAGAAAGAGCAGAUAAGAGUGGAAGUUGAAGACUCCAGAUACCUGAUUAUAAGAACUGAGGCUGCUACCGGUGAAUCAACUGAGCCAGCCAAGAAUUUCAUAAGGAAAUUCCGGCUGCCAGAAAGGGUUGACAUCAGCGGAAUAUCAGCUGGCUAUGAGAAUGGAGUCUUGACAGUUGAAGUACCAAAAUCUUUUGUGAGGAGGGGAUUCUUUAUUGAACCAGCUGAUAUGCCUGAAAGAAUGCAUGUUCUUGCAAGGGCAGCUUAAAUUUGGAUGCAUGAUUAGCUUCCCAGUUAUUAGGUUGAGGGAUGCUUAGAUUGAUUUGAAGAUUGUGGUCCAUGAAUUUUUAUGCAGACCAAUUUUAUGAAAUCUAUUAGAGCAUAAAUGGGGUCUUAUGUUUUAGCACAGAGUCCAUAUUAUUUGGUUCAUGAAACCUGGAAAAG